AUGGGAGUUCUGGUGUUGACGAGUUUGUUUUGUCUGGGAUUACUCCUGGUUAGCUGCAAACCUGUAGAGGAGGAAUCCACUGGGUCUACUAGAAGACAAUUGGAGCCGAAUUAUGAGUACUAUGUGGAACCUGCGAAGAAUUUCGAUCAAACGAAAGGAAUCUCAGUGGAACACAGCGCGACACCAGUAGUAUUGCAAACGUCAGCGACAAAUUAUGAACCGUAUGUUAAACAUUAUCAUUUCACUGCGGAAGAUGCAGUUGAUAAAGAUGGCAAUCCGAUCAAUCAAUAUAAUAAUGGAUAUGUGUACGAAGUUGUUCCUGAAGAAGACAGCAAAGUGCAAACUGAGUUUUCUUCGAUUGAAACCGACAGCGAAAACUACCAAGACAAUGAAUUUCAAGAUGAAAAUUUAUUCUUGGACACAUCGGGCUUCAAACACUAUAAAACUCAAACUAGUUUCAACCUAGAAGGUCCUAGACAAAUGGAGAAGAUUACCACCAAAAGCUAUCACAAAGAAGUAGAGCCAUACGAUGUUAGCAGCUUCAAACACGAAAGCCACCAUCACGAGGAAGAGGAAGGAGAGGUUCACUAUCAUCAACACAAACACUUACAUAAGCACAAUCAUAAGCAAGAACACAUGCACAAACAUGAACAGAAACAUAAACAUGAACAUGGUCAUAAACAUAAGCACCAUAACAAGCAUCAGCAUCAUCACGAGAACAAACAUCAUCAUUCUCAUCACGCCCAUCACAAGCAUGGCCACAAGAACGAGCAUCAUCACAAGCAUCACCAAGAGCACAAGCACAGCCAUCAUCAAGAUCAUAAGCAUGAUCAUCAUCACUUGCAGGAACACAAGCAUGAUCAUCACCAUGGUCACUCUCAUUCUCAUCAUUCGGAUCAUAAGCACAGCCAUCACCAAGAUCACAAACACGAUCAUCAUCAUAGUCAUUCGCAUCAUAAUGACCAUAAGCACAGCCACAGUCAUCACGGCAGUCAUAAGCAUGAACACGGCCACAAACAUGGUCAUAAGCAUGAACACCAUAGUCAUCAUAAACAUAGUCACAAGCACAAAAAGCACUGA